AUGGAUGCGCUAGUUGUGGUCGAAUUUGCUGCGGAAGAAGACGCAGAGGCUGGGCAGGAAGUGCCGCGUGGCGUUUUAUGUGUCUUCAAGGACCGUAGUAACCCUCUGGAAGAGUACACUGAUCGGGCAUUUAUAAGGCGAUACAGAAUAUCAAAGGAUUCAUUUCGUUAUGUUCUUGACCUAAUUGGACCCCAGAUAGAGCAUCCCACGAGAAGGAAUCGAGCCCUUCUUCCGAUACAGCAACUUGCUGUUGCACUCCGGUUUUAUGCUUUUGGUUGUUUUCAAAUCGAAUUUGGGGAUUCAAGUGGUGUCUCGCAAGCUACGUGUUGUCGUGUGGUACGUCGUGUUUCCGAAGCGAUCUGUGGAUGGAAGGAACGCUUCAUCCGGUUUCCGACCACAGCGGAGGAGAAAUGGGUGGUGAUGCAAGGGUUCUAUGAAAUUGCCGAGUUCCCAGGCGUGAUUGGCGCUAUCGACGGAUCCCACGUAGCAAUCGUGAGCCCAGGAGGUGCCGAUGCUAUACGAUUCAUCAACAGGAAGCGAUACUACAGCUUGAAUUGUCAGUUUGUUUGCAAUCACCUGAUGAUGUUCACAUAUGUGGUUGCACGAUGGUACGGAUCAGCUCACGCUUCGAGAAUUUUUGAAGAGUCUCGUCUGUUCAGGCAAUUUGAUAGUGGGGCAAAUCGUGGAAUCCUACUCGGGGAUCCAGCCUAUACUUGCCGACCCUAUAUGAUGAUACCGAUUCGUAAUCCAAGAACACCCGCGGAAACGAGAUAUAACACAGCGCAAAGAAGGACAAGAGGUCUGAUAAAAAGAGCGAAUGGCAUGUUGAAGAAACGAUUCCACUCUGUUGGCGACUCCGAUGUCAGGUAA